AAAAUGAAUCGAGAACAGAUUGAAUAAUAAUGAGUUCAAAAUGGCGGACUUAACUCCUUCAAAAUAUUGAUGGUACAUUACACAACCUACACAGGUACAGUGAUGCAGUUGAUUGUAUUACUGGCAGAUUAAGUUUUACAUUAAACACCAGCACGGUUUUGAAAAUAUAGAGUGCGAAUGUACAAUUAUUUACCAGUUUGUAAUGAAUUAUAUGUGCUGAUUUACAUUUUCAAUUUAAAAUAUUAAAUAUACUAUCAAUAUUAAACCCGGUUACAGACGAGCGAGUUUUCUAUGACACGUUUUUAUGCGACAAGUUUUAUUUGCUCGUCUGUACGCGCAACUUUGACAAUUUUUUCUAUGACAAGUGCACUUGUUCAAAUGCUAGCUAAAGUACAAAUUUUGUUCGUCUGUAAGUACAAAUUUUGUUCGUCUGUCAGUAUGGAUCAACAAAGAAAACUUGUCAGAGUAAUCUGAGCAUUUGAUGUGAUUGGCCAGCUAGCUACUAAUAAAUUGUCAAAGUAAACUUAUUGACACAUUCACACCAGUAAAUAAAACUUGUCAUAUGAAAACUUGUCAUAUAAAAUUUGUUGCAUAUACACACAUGCACUUGGCAAAUAAAACUUGUCACAUAAACACUUUGUCACAGAAAACUUGCUCGUCUGUAACCGGCUUUAUACAUUAAUAUGGUCGACAAACUGAUGCAGUGUACAAUAACCUCCCUGCCUACUUACCGGCUUGCAGUUGGGUUCUUUACAGUAUUUUAGUUGAACUCACUAUUAAUGCAGUUGUCUAAACCUGCAGAUGUAACUUUGAACAAAAGUAUAAACUAUUGCUCAAAAGAAUAAGUUAACUUAAAAUUUUCACAGCAUGGAUUGUGGCCCAUUUCAGUUCACUGGUGCAUUGGCCUGUGUGUGAAAAAACUUCCUGAGUAUUACUCCUGUUAUUCUAGAUAUAUUGGAGUGACAUACAUGUAGCCGAACGAGCAUAUUGAACCUAGCUUCACCACAGUACCGGCCAUGUUGCGACGCUGGUCAUGUGACGGAGGUCGAUAUCUCAAUUUUGUCGCAAAGUACUCAAGCAACUCAUGGAAGUCCAAGACCGUCGUCCACAAGGAAGUUUCAGAAGCGUUGCUUAAGAACAAACCAGUGGUAGCAUUGGAAUCCACAAUCAUUACCCAUGGCAUGCCAUUUCCUCAAAAUCUCAAGUAAGUUCUGUUUGACUUUUAUAACAUAAAGUUUACACAAUAUUUUUCAUUAAAUAUUUGGAUAGUAUGUCUCCAAAACUACUCUCCAAAAUGGCUGAAAAUGCCAUUUCAGUAACCACACCCACAUGUCUUUGCAUUUUUACAAUUCCAAUUUUAAACUGCCAAUUUAUAUUUUAUAGCAGUUGUUACCAGGAAUGGGAUUGGGUGUUUAAAAUUAGUAUUGCAGACUUGCAAAAAUUUGUAGUGUGAUUGAGCUGACAUUUGUGCGACUGUCAUGGCGAUAUGAGUUUGUGAGAUCCGUAAUUAAUUUGAAUGGAUCAACCAGGACAAUAUCCACCCCCACGGACAUUGUGUGUUUGGACAUUAGGAAAAACUGUCCAUGUUAAUGUAGAGAGGUCAGUCUGUCUAUAAGCAGAGAUUUCCCUAAUGGUUGACAAUUGUUCUCAACAUCAACAGGACUGCUAGAUCCGUGAUUGAGAUCAUCCGAAGAAAUGGCGUUGUCCCUGCAACUGUUGCUGUAUUAAAUGGUGAAUUACAUAUCGGUGAGUAGGCUGAUUGUAUUUUGGGCAUAACACUAAAUAGUAACCCAUACACCUUAUAUUGGCAUCACCUUAGAAUAUAUACAUGAAACUUGCAGUUAGAGCUCCACAACUGGCCUCUGUAGCUUAGAGCGCUGCAUCAGAAUUGCAGGUUCAAUUCCUGCCAGAGAGCAUAUAUUGCAUUCAGGGGUUCCGUUUACAAAGAGCCCAUUGCUGUUAGUUCUAUCGAACAAAAUGCCCAAGGUCUCAAUAACCAGACUGCCCAUGUGUCCAGUUAACCCAUUAAGUUGCAUUGCACCCUAAUUUUAUUUAUUAUAAUAAUUUCACUUUGUCUAAUGCCAGAUGACUUUACUCAUCAAAGGAGAGUGCUAGCACUCAUUGGCUUAAUUAAUAAUAAAAUAUCAAAUCUAUAUUUACCAGCAAACACUGGCUAAGCAUUAAUUCCUUUUCCUCAUAUUGUAAUUAUUUGAUACCGAUUCUCAUCACUCUCUGUUCAUUUCAAGGAUUGACGAGAAGCGAAUUGGAAUAUAUAUCAAAGAUGGGAAAAUCGGCCAUUAAGACCUCAAGAAGAGAUAUACCUGCUGUUCUUAGUAAGGUUUGUAUAUUUAUGUAUAUUUGUCAAUCUUUUCUGUGAAAACAGACCCAGCAAAAAAAUCUGGAAAAACUGCCUCCUGUUGGAAACUUAGUGCCCAGCCACGGAAUACUGCACAGAAGUCCAUCUCCAUUGUUUUUGCAUAAGCGUUAUUUGUCAUGAUUCGUCACUCAUCAAGUACCGUAAACAGAAGCAGUCACCCCCCUGGACGUGCGCCAUUUUGAGCAUUUCCAGGGGUGACUGCUUCUGUUUACGGCAUUUGCUGACUGAUGAAUCAUGACGAAUAGAGCUUACGCAAAACAAUGGAGAUGGAAUUCUGUGUAGUAUUCUGUUGGCCAGCUGAUAUGUUAACGCAUUCAAUGCCAGCACCUUCCCCUUGACUUAAAGUAGCCUGGCAUUAGACAGAGCAAAACAACAGAAUAGGCACAUUAAGGCACAAUGCAACUUGAAGGGUUAAUCUAUGUUUUGCUACUAUGUAGGGUUUAGUUGGUGGUACAACAGUGUCUGGUACGAUGGUUGCUGCAGCAGUGGCUGGUAUACCAAUCUUUGUAACUGGAGGCAUUGGAGGAGUACAUUAUGGGGCCGAUAAAAGUGAGUACAUCCAAUUGUGAUUGGUAAAUUAUUUAUUGCCAUCAGAUAUGUUAUUUUAUCACCAAAACCAUGGAUCCUAAGUGUCAUGUUGUCGUGUGUCAAUUAAAACAUUCAGGAAUGUGGCUAUACAUACAGAGAGUGAGAGAGUUCAAAACGCCACUGCUAGAUUGAUCUGUCAUCUGUGUGGUCCCCAAAUUCGCAUACAUCAGUCCCUAAUAUAAUAUGGAACUUCAUUGGCUACUGGUUAAAUUUAGGAUAGAAUUUAUGGUUCUUAUUUGAACCUUUCAAGCAAUUCACGGAUUAGCGCCACAAUAUUUAUGUGAGCUAGUUUGCGUUAAAGAAUUCGGAUUAUCAUCUCCGAUCAAAUAAAUAAGCUUUCAAAUUUGCAGACCCUAGAGUGGGGAAUCACAUGCGAAAGGAGAUACGACAUACACAAUCUAUCAUUUGUUUUUCUUAAUAUUCCAUUUACUAAAUAUUUUAACGAUAAUUCUUACUUUUUAAAUAUUUUAGACAGUAUUCCUAUCUAAUGUUAAUGUAUUUCCAAACUUGUAAAUAUAGCACAUCUGAACAUUUUUCAUGAGAAUUCUUAUAACGUCGUGAAAUCGACAAUUUGAAAAUGGCAUGAGGAGCUAGGAUCCGUGGUUUUGGUGAUUGUCAUUUAUUUAAACAAAAACGUAAUAAUUUAUUAAUUGGUUUAAUGAUUUCAGCAUUUGAUGUGAGUGCAGAUUUGACGGAGUUGGGUCGAACUCCUGUGACUGUCGUUUGUGCUGGCGUCAAGUCAAUACUGGAUAUUGGUCUAACACUUGAAUAUUUGGUAAAAUGUAACUUCCUGUGACUUAAAUCGGUCAUUCCAAAAAACAUCCAUACAUACUCCCCCGAAAACCCGAUUACCCAGAGAAAACCCACGACUUUUGGAGUAAAGCGUUGACUAACUCUUUUCACAUGCGUGUCAUGAGUCCGUAGCGGGAAUCGAACUCACGAUCUCAGAGGUGAAAGCAGGGUCUUAGCUAGGAUUUUAGAUCUUGGGCGUGUUUCUAAAUGACCAGGGUGUGCACAUGUCAAUUACCUUGAAUAGCCAAAUUGACGGUUCUACAACAAUGGACAAUGCCUGUGGUUGUUCUAUGCUUUGCAACCAAAUACAAGGCGAGCAUAUGCUCAUAUAUAUUGCGCACUGACAUUAAAAUAUUAAGUUAUUUCAGCAACUCUUGGGGGUAUUUAAAACCACUUUAACAAUUAACACCAUGUAUACGGUUCCCAUUAUCCAUCAAAACAUUAAAACAUCACGGAUCACUUUUGCCAAUUUCAACAACAACAACAAUAGAUUUUACAAACUUUCUUAUGACGUAAAUAGAAAUAAAUUCUGUCUGUUCUAAGUAGCACCAUCUUAUUUUAUGAACCUACACGGCCUUGUAUAAAUAAUGAAGCCGCGCUCAUUUUAUCUAGCCGUGUUUUUCCAUUUGCCGCGAUAACACGGCCAACACGGCCCUCUAGCUAAGACCCUGGGUGAAAGGCGCUUGCUUGCACCGAAAGCCAAGUACGACUAAUUUGGUCAACAUUUGAUUUAGGAAACUCACGGAGUUACGGUCGCUACGUUUGGAGACUCUCUGGAUUUUCCCGCUUUCUUUACACCAAACAGUGGUUUCAAGGUGAAGCAUUAACUGACUUGUCUUAACCGAGAUAUUGAAUACAACUCAAUGGACCUAUUGCUUAAUAAACGAAAUUUUGAUCUAUACAAGUCUAGACAAAAAAAUUCAUCACAGCUUGAAAGAGCAUCACAAAAUUAGUAAUAUUCCAAAGUUUCGUUGCAAAAUGUUGUAAAAUGCGGAUAAUAUAGCCCUGCGAAGUUUGCCGUUUUUCAGUCAUUUUGUAUUACGCGCGCGAAAUUGAUACCGUUUUCAGAAAGCGGUAUCAAUUUUCCGUGCGUAAUACAAAACGACUGAAAAACGGCAAACUUCGCUGGGCUAUAUUAUCCGCAUUUUACAACAUUUCGCAACGAAACUUUGGAAUAUUACCAAUUUUGUGAUGCGCUUUCAAGCUGUGGGGAAAUUUUUGUCUAGACUUGUUGAGAUCAAAAUUUUGGUUAUUAGGCAAUAGGUCCAUUAGUUCAUGUUUCUUUAUGACUUUAUCUAUUGCAGGUCCCUUACAACGUAAAAACGCCUGAGGAAGCUGCAUCAAUGAUAGGUUGGUACAACGAAUAAAUAUCGAGAUUUUGUUGGCAUCUCUCUCGAUUCAAUAAUAGUUGAAGGAUCUGUCAUCUUGUAGAUGGAAAUCAUCGAGUGGAAAUUUAUGUAUAGGUUAUUUUGAGGCAACGAGGGGAUAUGUGAUUUAUUCACCGAGGCGCGCAGCGCCGAGGUGAAUAAACACAUAUCCCCGAGGUGCCUCAAAAUAACGUACUUAUUUUUCACCCUGCGAGGUCGCGUUAAUGAGUCAGAAAAGAAAUAAUUCUUAAUGCCAUUUUGCCUUCGUGAUGUUGUUUUUUCUCAUUUUUUGUGCUGCAAAGACAUUGCAGGUGAAUAUUAGAGGGGAUUAUUAAACGGAAAUUGAUUGUAGGGGAAUAUUGAAUAUAUUCCCCAAUAAGAACAAAGGAAACCGAGCAGGGUGAAAAAUAAAUACAUUUAUUAGACCUAACUAGGAACAGCUGUAUAUACAUGAACUUGUGGUUAGAGUUCGACAACUGGUCUCUGUAGCUCAGUUGGUUAGAGCGCUGCACCGGAAUCACAGGGCCAGAGGUUCGAUAUUAGACAUUGAGUGUAUAUUAUUUUCAGUCCUGGAUUUGCAACCCAUAAAAUGGUCAUGUUUAUUUUCAUUUUACUUUGCAGAGUGCAAUAUUGAGAUGGGUCUGAAAAGUGGUAUGCUGAUUGGUGUACCUAUCCCAGAAUCCCAUGCGCCGCUUGGAACUCAAAUCGAGGCAGCCAUUCAACAAGCCUUGCAAGACGCCAAGUAUGUCUGCGAUUGACAGAUAAAUAAAUCAAUUGCGAUUGUAUGUCCUAUCAAUUGCGAUUGUAUGUCUGAUCAAGAUGAUGUAAAAGUAUUUUAAAGAUGCUGUAAAGUCCGUUCUGCGCAUAUAUUCUGCGCAUCAAAACAUUCCAUCAGUGGGGGAGCAACCUUUGGAAUGUUGUUAAUAUUUCGCACCUUCCGAACUUUCUUGAAUUGAAUCUCUAGUCUGCAUUCAUUUACAAGCAUAGCGAAUCGCAAGAGUGUUAAAAAUUCAGUAUAAUAUAUAUCUAAUCAUAUUUUACAACUGUAUCACUGAGUUCAAAAUGUAAACAAAGCGUUUGUUCACAUUACGGACUUUACAUCACCUUUAAUGGUAGCAGAGUGGUUAUUACAUCUAUCUUUUACCUCCAUCAAUAUGGUUCAAUUUCUGAAAAAUACAGGUGUCUCAUUCUAAUUUUACUUCAGUUGUGUGUGGAAUUAAGAGUGCUUCCAGUUUGACUUAAACCUAGGUGCUUAGUGGUCCCUAGACCCCACGCCUACCUCCAUUGAAAGAUGUUACCUCCCCAGAAAUACAAUCUCUCAGCCAUGGCUGUACUCCAGCUUUACCCCGCAAGAACACUGGACCAAUAAGUGAUGCACUUACUGGAGCACUACGUGGAACAGUUUAGAACUAAUAGAGCUAUCCAAUUUAAGUAAAGUUAAUUUCAGCUUAAUUUUUACUGCGCUGAAAUCUCUAUAUUAAACAUUCCCUUUUACAAUUUCAGAAACAAGGGUGUCUCUGGAAAAGAAGUGACUCCAUUUGUUCUUCAGAGGGUCAAUCAACUUACUAAAGGAAAAUCUCUCGAAGCUAGUAUCCUUUGCACUUAAAAACACUGUAGUUUCGGUUUCCUGUUGUAUAGUAACACUAGACCAAUAACAGAUUACCUUUACUGGACCUCUAGAGAGAACAGUUUAGAACUGAUAGAGCUGCCCAGUAUAAACAGAGUUAGCUUAAUGUAGGUUUCCUUCUGUAGCAACACUGGAUCAAUAAGAGAUGAUUUUUACUGGACCUCAAUGGAGAACAGUUUAGAACUGAUAGAGCUAUCCAGUAUAAAUAAAGUUAGUUUAGUUUAGGUUUCCUUCUGUAGCAACACUGGAUCUAGCCUGCGAACAGGCUCUCAAGCUGAAUUGAGAGCCUGCAUCGAUGACUAAUGAAUUUGAAUAUCUGCGUCUCAAAUCGUGACGCGAAAUUCUCAUUGGUCAGAUGCUAUAAUUUAUAUUAUUCCGCUGAGCUCUAUAUAUGUCAACUGCUAGCACCAUGCAUAAAAAACACAUUAACUGAUCAAAUUGGUCUUGGCCAUCUUAUCUCAAAGCACGAAAUGUUCUGUUUUGAGAAAACAGUAUUUAAAACAUUUAAACUUUUGCUUCAAUAUCUUAUAUUUCGAAAAACAGUAUAAACUGUACGGUCUAAAUUUAGUUUGCACGGUCUAAAUUUAGUUUGCACGAAAGUUGUAAACAACACCAUAUAAGGAUAGACAUUCCAUAUUUGGAAAAACGAACGUUACGGGGCAGAUAUUCAAAUUCAUUAGUCAUCGAUGCAGGCUCUCAAUUCAGCUUGAGAGCCUGUUCGCAGGCUACACUGGAUCAAUAAGAGAUGAUUCUUACUGGACCUCAAUGGAGAACAGUUUAGAACUGAUAGAGCUAUCCAGUAUAAAUAAAGUUAGUUUAGUUUAGGUUUCCUUCUGUAGCAACACUGGAUCAAUAAGAGAUGAUUCUUACUGGACCUCAAUGGAGAACAGUUUAGAACUAAUAGAGCUAUCCAGUAUAAAUAAAGUUAGUUUAGUUUAAGUUUCCUUCUGUAGCAACACUGGAUCAAUAAGAGAUGAUUCUUACUGGACCUCAAUGGAGAACAGUUUAGAACUGCUAGAGCUAUCCAGUAUAAAUAAAGUUAGUUUAGUUUAGGUUUCCUCCUGUAGUAACACUGGAUCAAUAAGAGAUGAUCCUUACUGGACCUCUAGGAAGAACAGUUUAGAAUUGAUAGAGCUACUCAGUAUAAAGUAACAGAGUUAGCUUAAUGCAGGUUUCCUUCUGUAGCAACACUGGAUCAAUAAAGGAUGACUCUUACUGAACCUCGGAAGAUUAAACGCCUUAACCGUGUACAAUUCAGAUAUAGCAUUGAUUCAAAAUAAUGCUCUGGUUGGAAGUCAAAUAGCUUUGGAACUUAACAAGUUGAGGGAGAUUAAGGCGUAUGGCAAACCACAAACAGUAAAUAUUCUAAUAGUUGUUUAAUCGAACUGAACGCAAAAAGAUUUCUUCAAGCAUAAUUUCUCUGUCCGUUCCAGGUACCAAAUAUUUCUGAAGACCACACUCCAAAGACUGCAAAACAGCCGGUGAAUAUUUGUCGUUGUUAUUGUUUUUUUAUUUAUAUUGGCAUUUUCGACAAAAGCAUUAACCCGUUGUUAAUAUACAGGUCGUUAUUGGUGGUUCAAAUAUUGACUUCACAGCUAAGGCAAACUCCGAAAUCAUGGUACGUUGGAAUCCUGUAUAACUUAUAUUCUUGUCGAAGGCUUGGGCUUUCAAUAGAUUCCAUAUUUCCACCAGGCUUUUGGCCAGGGUUUCAAAACAAGCCAUCCAAUACCGUUGGUGUACUAUUCUGUUUAUGAACAAACAUGGUACAUUAAAUCAAUGGACAACUUGCAUGUUAGACUAAAUUUUAAUCUAAGUAAAGAGAAGGGAAUCAAACCCCACAAAAGAACAUAAUGAGUUUAGUAAAAUUGCAAAAUUUGGUUGCGAAAAGUUGUAAAGCUUGGAAAAUAUAGUCUUGCAAAGUUUGCAAAUUUUUGUAUAUGUUUGUAUUUGCGUGGGGAAAUUGUUACCAUUUUCGGCUCAAAAAUGGUAACAAUUUCCGCACGUAAUACAAACAUAUACAAAAUAUGCAAACUUCGCAAGGCUAUAUUUUCCGUAUUUUACAACAUUUCGUGACCAAAUUUUGCAAGUUUACUAAUUUUAAUAAGUUCUUUACGGGAAUUUACUUUUUUUGCCUAGAUAGAAAAUUAGUCUAACAUGCAAGUUGUCUAUUGUCAUAUUUUCAUAAUUCAGCGUCUUUUCCUCAAAAAAGUUUACAAUAAUAGAUAAAGUAAACAGCAGCUGACUGCUUUUGAGGCAUUCAAUAAAAUCAAUAUCACCAAGCUUGCAAGUUGCUGUUUACAAGUUUCGACAGACUUUUACUUUUAAUUGUAGUUUUAUGGUGCAACAAACGUUGGAAGGGUCCGUCAAACGUUUGGCGGCGUUGGCAGAAAUAUAGCAGGUAUGAAAUGUGUUUUCAGAUUUAUAUCGUGACACCGAUGUUCGGUGGUCGUUGAUAUUUACAAUGGAAUUUUGACCAAAUGCAGCACGAUUCAGAUUUAAUUAAGAUUCUCUUUUGAUUUUGUGUAGAGUGCAUCGCUCGUAUUGGUCACUGUAAACCGCUGUUGAUAUCAGCUGUUGGUGGAGACGACUUGGGCGAGAUGUUGCUAAGACAGUUGGAGUUAGUCCGUGUUGUAAGUGAUAUGUUUGUUUUGUCUGUCUAUCAUCUGUAUUUUUACUAUUAGUAAUGUAAUUGGUCUUAUCAUUACCCUACUACCAUUAAACCACCAUCGUCAUUAUUAUCAUUACCACCACCACCAUAUCACCACCAUCAGCACCACCAUUAUCAUCAUCACCACCAUCAUCAUCACUAUCAUCAUCACUAUCAUCAUCAUCACCACCAUCAUCAUCACCACCAUCAUCAUCACCACUACCAUAAUCAUCAUCAUCACCACCACCAUCAUCAUCACCAUCAUCAUCAUCAUCACCACUACCAUAAUCAUCAUCAUCACCACCAUCAUCAUCAUCAUCACCAUCAUCAUCAUCAUCACCACUACCAUAAUCAUCAUCACCACCACCAUCAUCAUCAUCAUCACUAUCAUCAUCAUCACUAUCAUCAUCAUCACCACCAUCAUCACCACCAUCAUCAUCAUCACCACUACCAUAAUCAUCACUAUUAUCUCCACCAUCAUUACCACCUUCAUCUCCACCUUCAUCUCCACCAUCAUUACCAUCAUGAUCACCCACCAUCAUCAUUACCACCACCACCGCCAUUAGAAGCAUUAUCAUCAGGGCAGGAAAAAAUAGUUUUCUUCCUGGGAGCACAACCUGGAGACAAAAAUUUCCUGCAGACCAACGGAGUAUUUUUGUGCUAAAUCUGCAUGUGCAUAAACAUAUAGUGUUCUAGCUGACCAUGGUUUUAAAUUCAAGGAAUAAUGUCUAUCAACCAUACGUUGUUGCGCCCAUAGUGGGACAUGGGUGUUAAGGUUUCCUUCAAAUUUCCAAUAGCAUAUCUUCAUUCAAACGAAUUUCCUGCAGCUGUUCAAUAUUUCCUGCGAGCAGUGCUCGUCUAUUUUUUCCACUCCUGAUUAUCAUCAUCAACAUCAUCAUGACCAACCUUCCCCUCAUCACCAACAGCGCAAUACCAUUAUCAUCAUCAUCACCACCAUACCAACUGUGUUUCACCAUAAUCUUUUUCUACCUUCAAGUCAACAUACGGUGUUCACAUCAGCAAGGACAGUAACACAGCUACUUACUCCGUUGUUCUAAACAACCAAGGCGAGGUGGUUUUGGGAAUAGGUGAUAUGGAGGCACAUGGUGAAGUCACAGCUCAACUGGUAAGGAGACCACGAACAGACAAACAGUGUCUGAGGUAUUUCUAGCAGUAUAGUAGUUUGUAUAUGAGUCUUUUACCCCCGUGACUGUGGUUCGAUUUCUUCAAUAUGUAAUUGCCUG